UCCGUGACGAGAGGACGCCAAACAGCAUUUGAUUAUUUUGAUUGGUAGAACUGCUAAAACUGUCGUUAAGUGAGCACGCUUAUUUUCACAGAGCACGUGUGUAAUGGUGGCACCGAGAGAAAGGAAAACCCAGCUGAAACGAGAGUGUGACAGUACUCAGAGACUUUCAUUGAUCGUAUGAUCUUCAUACGGGCGCCCAGAGACUUUUUUAAAAGACGCUCGCUGGUUUAAUGUGCGGCCCUUUGAUGUUGUGACUGACUGUCGCAUGAUUGAACGGCAGGAGCAGGCCUGGGGUGGGGGGAGCUGGGAACCUUCGAUCCUGAGCGGGGUUGCAGUCGGACCGGAAGUGGCCGACGGAAAACGUUGAGGAGACGUUGGUGGAGAGGCGGGAGCGGUUGUAACAGCGGCUCGCGAGACCGGGCACGAGCGGCAGCCUCCCCUCCCCCCCCCCCCGACCCAGACCCAUAAGGAGGCGGGAGAAAGGCGACAGCUCCUGCUUCUCAGGUUAGCGCCGGUUUCACGUGCUGCCUCCAUGUGUUUGCAGCUCUGACGCCCGCUCGGCCUGGUCAGAAACGGCUCGGUUAAUGGAGGGGGGAGCGUGGGCUCGGCUCAGGUGAGGCGCCGUCUGCACCCCGCGUUCCUCCGCCGCAGCACACGGUCAGUCUCCCGGGCCGCAGCCUUCAGGUCGCGGGUGUUUGAGCUGAAGCCCAGGCCCUGUGGCGUAUCCACCAUUCCUGAGGUGUUUGCCCAGCUUUGGGAAUUCUUUCACUUCAUCGCAGAUCUCGUCUUCCUCCCACCGAACAUCUUCCCGUUUAAAUGAUCGGAAUUAUUUCAUUGGACCGCUGCUCCGGUCUGUGGCGUGUCGACAUUUCCAACUGGAACACAGAAUGAUCACUGUACAGGAGGAGAUCAUUGAGACCCUGAAGUUCGUGCCAGUUCUUCGUGAAAACAUCUCGCCGAGGCUCAUGUUUCUGCCUUUUCCCCUAAUUUCCUUCAGCAUAUUCUGACAAGUUCCUGAUGAUAUACUUCAAAUCACCGGUGAGAUGGUAAAGGUUAGCCUUUGGCUGAGCAUGGCGGAUAAACAGAAGACCAAGACUGGUUUGCCACUGAGUGGCCCAAGCACUGAUAUAAAUGUAUCUUCCAGCCACACGGUGGGGUAUUUGGGAAAAUUUUCUGAAAAUACCUCACUCAUUCAAGAGCAAUAUUGUCCUGCCUGUGCUGCAAAAGGAGAAAAUAAAGCUUUGCGCCGAUUCUAUAUAAGCUUAGAGGAAUCUGUUCUUCUUUGUGAAAGUCCACAGUGUGUCUUUCCUUUGGGAUGUAAACCAUUGAAUGAGAUCCUCAUUUCACCUACCUUGCCUCGAUUAUCAGUUCAAGCUGCGAAGAGCAUAUCUGGAUCAGGUGCACUAGUUCCUCUGUGUAAGCGGAACGUGAAACGACAGAAAACUUCUAAUUGUAAUAAUAAAGACAUUUUCAGUGGAUCUUGUGUUAUACCCAAGGAAGCUGCAUAUCAGCCAGUUGAAACUGACCUAAAUAAAAUUGACAGUUUUGUCCCUUGUUCAGAAAAUGGAAGCAAUUCUAAGUCAUUUAAUUCAAGUGAAAGUAAUGGCAUUGUUAUCCCUGAUAAGACAAUUUUUGGGGUACGUGAUCAAUUAUGUGGCAAAAGAAAGGAACCACCGUCUGAAACUGAACAUUCUGGUCAGCCUAAAUUGGAAGUUCCAGUUGUGCAGUCACAGGUUGAACAAUUAUUUCUUCAGUGGAAGAACAAAUCUGCUCUCUGCUGGCUAGACUGCGUACUGAUAGCUUUGGUCCACUUGAAACUGCUAAGAAAAUUAAUGCCCAAUCUAGGGACGGAAAUGGAAUCUCCAUUUAAGAAACUGUACACAGAAUAUGAUCAGGCGUGCACACUGGUAUCUAACUGCCAAAGCCAUUGCAAAGGUAAUGGUUUGUGGAAAAUUCCCCCCGAAACGCUCGGUCGCAUCGAACUAACAUUAAGCAACGUCCGAGAGAGUCUCUUCCAGCUUCUUCGACCAAAAUUGAAAUGCAAAUUGGGAGUUCCCGAUAGCCCAGUCUUUGCUUUUCCACAACUUCUACGGCAAGAUCCAUAUGUUGAGGCGCUGUUCAUGCAGUCGUAUAUUUGGAGCUUUGAAUGUAUGAAGUGUGGGUAUAAGUACGAGGAAAGAUGUCGGAAAACCUUGAUUACAUUUACGAACAUAGUUUCAGAUUGGCACCCGCUGAAUGCUGUUCAUAAAGCAACCUGCAAUAACUGUCAAGAUAAAGAUCAAAAAAGGAAAAUGCUUUUAGAUUGCGUAUCGUCAAUAUAUAUGCUACACUUUGUGGAAGGUCUACCACAUGCAGACUUGGACAGCUACAGAUUUGAUUUUCAGGGCAAUUCAUACAGAAUUUGUACCAUUAUUCAGUAUUUGCAAACUGUGAAACACUUUGUAACGUGGAUUCAAAAUUAUGAUGGAUCAUGGCUUGAAUGUGAUGACUUGAAAGGUUCCACUAGUUGUCGGCAUUCAGUUUUAAAUGUUCCUGCGCAUGAAAUUCACAUUGUCAUCUGGGAAAAGACUGACCUUGAAAAUCCAACACAAAGCAACGCCACACUUUCAUUUAGUGAUUCAACCUCUGCAUCUUUCCCAACCUUCACAAACAAUGCCACUACCUCUGUAUCACAGCAGCUCUGUGAAACAUCAUUUAACAGUCCUGUUCAGUUAAGUGCAGUCAAGAAACCAAUUUUCAGUGCACAUCCAGAGAUUAAACCUAAUACAAACUGUGUAAAAGAAGGUGAACAAGGAACUUCAAGUAAUAACUUACUUUCGAGUUUGGAACAUCUGACAGAUGAUGCCAUGGUAACGUUGAAUCUUGGAGAAGUUAAAGUCGACAAAGAGCGGAAGCCAGUAGACAAUACACAAAUCAUAUUAAGUGCUUUGCAAAAUGAUUUGCAGAAUAAAGAGAAAACUCUACAAAAUUCACCUCUUGUGACUCAAGUGGCUGUUGGUCAUGAUGCAUCUGUACAACCUCGUACUGAUAUACAGUAUUCUAAGGACAUUUCCCAACAAAUAAACCAGGUAACAGUCAUUGAACCUGACAUGCCUCAAAAAUACAAAGCAUCUUCAUGGCCACCUACACCAUCGCAGCUACAAGGAAUUAAUGUAGCCGGUGCCUCGUCUGCUCUAUUACAAAAAGAUAAUGUAACAAGUUCAAAUUCCUCUCCUACUCAAGAAAGAAAAACUGCAUCCGAUUGUUCAGAAAUGUCUAUACAGUCUAAGGCAAAAGUACAAAAGGAAGAUCACACCAAAAUCCCAGUAUCUGAGAACUUGAAAACAUCUACUAUAAAUGGGUCAUCAGCUGAUAUUUCCCAACCUCUAGCAGCUAAAAAAAGCUUUGCUGUAGGUUGGACAAGGAACUUGUUCAACCGCCACCUUUCAACGCUGGCAGGCAAUCAACCUAGAAUAUUGCCUCAGAAUGAGGUUAAGAAUGCUCACAAAGGCAAUGCUUCAUUGAAAAUCACUGAUCCAAAGUACCCUGUAAAGGAUCGCUUUGAUGGGUUCAAGACCAAAUAUUUAUCAAAACGCACACGAAGUGCCAAAGAGUUAUCUGUGUCUCAAGAUUCAAAUAAUCAUACUGCUGCUUGUGUACAAAAUGACGACAAUUUGCCUCAAAAUCCUGGUAACAUGAAUGAGAACUGCAAAGUAUUGUUGCCUAAGACAAUCUCUUCCGGUAUCCAUACAUUAAACAAAACAUUUCUUAAUAAUUCAUCAAAAUGUACUCACCCCUUAAAAUCUGAAACAGGUACUUGUAUUUUGAAGAAUCAGUGCUCCAACUCAAACAAGCAAACACAACUGAAUUAUGCCAGCUCAAAAGCUCAUUGCCUUCGUCUCAAGUUGCUCAAAAAACUUCAAGACAAAAAAGAUCAACUCAGUUCACUUGAACAGCUCAUGAAGACUAAGCAGGAUGAAUUUGAUAGCGACUAUGCAAGUACCUCGAGUCUUGAAGGACAGUUAAAUGUUGCAAAUAAUGGAAGCAUGUUGUAUGAUGAUGUAUUGAAUGAACUUUGGCGUGAGCUUGGUGUUGAAAAUGAUAAGUCUGUUUAUUCAGCCAGUUCAGGUGCUUCAUUGAAUAAUAGCCCAGGUCAUGAUGAAUUACUUGCAGAACUUUUCACCCCAGCUACAACCACUACUACAUCUAUUGACGUGCAAAAUAGUGACUCAUGGCUUUGUGGAAGAGCAGCAAACUGUAAAUUGAGUAAUGAGUGUAACAUAGCUCCAAGGACUGUUAAUGGUGAUCACAUACCACGUGUUUCAACUUUACAGGUGCAGAGCCAUAAAAUUGAAUCUAUUGGUAACUGUGAAUCAGUUUAUGAGAGUCCCACAAAGGAAGAAAUGUUGGUAGAUUUAUUGUCCACAUCCACACUGAACUCUUUAACAGGAGAUCACGAUGAAUUACCUAACUUUGAUGAAAAUCUUUUUGAAAACUGUUAGGAAAUGGUCAUUUUGCUAAAGUAAUGAGGAAAUAUUGUCUCCUAUAAUUUAAAACUUAGAGUAAAUUGUGCACAGUCUCUUGCAUGUUUAAAAAAGCAUUUUUAAAAUUUUGAGACAAAUGAAUGCAUUCUGUGAAUGUACCUCCUUUGUUUUCAGGUAGUUUGUGGUAUUUGAAGGAUUUGUGAGGUUGUAGUGACACUACUGAAUAAAAUGUUGGUAAUGCAUGUUUAAUACAUGUUGCUAACUUCCUGUUAAGAAAAAGAUGAUGUUCUUGACAAAUGGAGUUCAACUUUCUGUCAGUGCUUACCAUAUUUUUGUUAAACUUAAUUUGAAGUGCAAUUUGUUAACCCUUAUUGUAAACUAGAUAUAUUUAAAUCACUUACAAUGUUUAUAUUUCAAAUAUUUUGCUGAAACUCAUUACAGACAGGCUGAACAAAAUUGAAUAAAAUCAAAUUAACAGUUUAGUGAAAAGAAUACACUAAGUUCAAUAGCAUGAAGCAAUUGAUCUAUUGGAAUAACUCCAAGUCUGUAAUGCCGUCUAUAUGGCAGCUAUAAUCCACUUCAGUUUGGAUUGUUGUUCCUGUCAUCUAAAUUUUGUUCAAUAGAUUGUCAUCUUGUACAUUUUCUGUAAUAUGUACUUUUGACUUAAAUGGAAAAAUGUAAUGAGAAAUAUUUGCCACUUGUGCAAUGUGGUUUAGAAUUGCUGAAAAUGAUAGUUCUUUCAGUUAACGUUGUGAAGGGAGCUAGACUUACAAUUAAAAUUAGCAUAUCAUGUAAAUAAGGGCGACAUUUUGAAAUAUAAAUUGGAUCACUAUUGUGAUAAGUUUUAAAAAGACAAGAUGCUAGAGACACGUAGCCCAGUUAGGAUUUGUGGCGAGAAGAUUUUUCUUAAUCUUCCGGGCAGGGGCCUUCUUCAGGGUUCUGUCCAACACGUCAGCUCGUUUCUCUUCAUGGAUGGUGUUUUUUCCAGCUUUUUAAAAUUUAUUUCAGAGCUCCAAAGUUUGUAGUCCCUGAUUUAUUUCAUUUUGUAUGAUUCCAGUGUUGUUUCAUAGGUUUUGAAAGUUCAAUGUUGACAUUUGUGCUCAGAGUUCUAAGAUGUGGAUAUUUUGUUCGGUGGUCACAAAGUUAAACUGAUUUAUUUAAGGGAUGUUUUGAUAUCUAAUAAAGUUUACUGUUCUUAAUGUUUGUGAAUUCUAAUAUAAGCCAUGCAUCUUAUACUGAGAAUUACACCAGUAGAAUAUUACUCAAGCCAGACCAUCAACCCAAGACAAAGCAAAUAACCAUUUUAGUGAUCUCUUAGUAACCCAGGGUACUUUGUAUUCUUUCCAGUGUUUGUGUAAAUUAUUUGUGUUGUACUUAGUUUGAGUUCCUCUGACUUUGAAAGUUACUAGCUGGUUGGUCAUUGUACUUCCAAUAAAAAUGUUAAGCUGGCCAUGCGA